AUGGGAGCGUGCAUGUCGAGGCGCGAGGAGGGCUGCACAGGAGGACGCCUGAUGCUCCAGCGGCGUUUGCGGAGGCAGAGGAGGAGGGUGUUCAGGCGGCGGUCGACGCCGCUGAGGUCGGCCACUAUGAUGACGAUUGCGGAGAUCGUGGGAUCGGAUGAUGGCGGCUGCCCCGUGGUCAAUGGCGGCGACGGCCGUCGUCCCUUCAGCAUCCCUUCCAUUCAAGGUAACGAAAAAGAGAUGAUACCAUUCCCGUCAUAGUUUCCAUCUUUUGCCUCGUUGUGGUUGGCUUUGCCGUGAGGUAUGGCUAUUCAUUUUCAGAUUUACAUGCCCAUAUAUCUGUGUGGUCUAUACGACAAUGAGAGGUUGGACGUCGGUAUUUGAUUGCUGAUCUCUGGUUCUGUGUUUAGGCGAAGCGCGAAUGCUCACGCUGUUUCAUAACCGCAGCCGCAAUCUUUUGAUAGUUCAUCUUUAAAUAUGUCCGAGUGAUUAGUUGCUUCUCUUUUUUAACAAUAUUUAUAAAUGCUGUUCUCAGGAACUGAAGAAGACUCUUGGUUCGACACCGUUUUAUCUUUGGAAUCGGAUUGUGGUGAAGAAUUUCUUAGCGUACGGGAUGGUAUGUGGCUUUGAAGACCUUGAUGUUGAUGUUUCUGAAGCGCUUUCGUGCAUAAUGCUAUAUUCCAUGGAAGAUGUAAUUUCGCUCUUGAACGUGUGCACAUGAAAUUUCUUGCAGAUGCAAUGUCGUUAAAUGCCUUCGAAGAUGCUUCUGUUUCAAGUGCUUCAUCUUUCGGAGAACCAAACAUUGAAGAGAAUAGUGGUAAUGUUGUUUCUUCAAGCUUUUCUGCUCAUUAUAAGCAAAAAGACCAGAGGGUAGUAGAGACGGAUGUAGAAAACAGCAAGUGAUGUAAACCCACGAGAACGUGGUCAUGGGCACAGAAAAAACUUCUAUAAACCGUAGCCAAUCAUCCAGUGUGGAUGAAAUGGAUGGUGAAGAUAGAGGAAGGAUGUUAGACAAUUGUUGCAUUCUGCUAAACAUCUGCUCGCCCUGUCUUCCCCCUACAGCAUCUGAAAUCGAAACGAGAGGAUCUCUUAGCUCCAGCGCCCCUACCUCAAGGAAAAAAGCAGCAACUAAGUUUUCCAGUGAGUUCUGACUUUCCUAUCAAUGUCGAGCUUUGAUUUCAAUUGGACUACUUAUAAUGCCAAUAUUCGUGAACUAUAUCUUUUAACUGGCAAUCACGGAAAGGACUCUGUGUCCUUUUGUUGUUUUCUCAAUGGACAAUUGUGGUAUCUUUCAUCUUCUUAGUUUAUUAACCAAUUAUAUUCCAAUCACGGAAACGAAAUUGAUUGGAAUGCUAUCCCUCAUUCUUUUCGAGUUUUUUACGAGGAAUUCGUAAAAGUGUCGACUGGGACGUCUCUUACUUUUUUUAAAAAGAAAAUAUUUGUACUUGAAUCUUGUGGAGGGAAUGCUUCCUUCAUUCUUCUAAAGCCUUGUACAGUUGUUGCCGCUAUGUUAGGUUAACUAUGAGGUGAACUUAAUAUCAAAAUAAGUGCGACGAUUUAUGCAUAGUUUUCUAUUCUUAUUGAAUUUCCAUUUUUUUUGUGCAAUCGGCCGAGUGAUGAGAAGUACUAAGGUCAGGGGGCGACCCAUAUCAGGUCUGCAUCAUUUAUUUCAUUUGGUUGUAAAGUCACUUGCAUCUUUAUUGACCAAAUUUACUCUAUGUAAAACAUUAGUUAUGCAAAAGGCAUUUAUGGCAUAGAGAGCAGGAAUACGUGAUGUGUUCCAAGUUUAUCCAUGUUACGAAGUAUGAAAAGUAUGAGCUAUGGAUUGAACUUGUUUUGCGUUUGGUAUGUUCUCUCCGGAUAAAAUAUCUAUGCAGUGUACCAUGUUUCUAGUCCAUUUUUUUGCUUUUGUGUCAUAACUAGUGACUAGUCUCAACACAUUUCCUCAAUAUGUCUGUCCCUUGUGCUUAUAAUGCAUACCUCAUUUCCUUCCUGUCUUUUAUUGGUUUUUUGGCUCUUAUGAACUUAUGUGAGGGUAUUAUUAUGCAUAGUUCAUCAGUGACAUCAUACAACGGUUGAAAACUGUCAAACAUUGAAAAUAUUCAUGACUCCGACAACUAUAAGAUGAAGCCUACUUUUCCAAUUAGUAAUAAAUAAUUGACAUCUUUAUUUUUCAUCUCAGUUAGUGCAAGGUUUUUCCUUGAAAGACCACUAGCUGGUUGCCAAGUUCCUUUCUGUCUUCUAGAGAAAAAAAUGCCAGAUACCUGGUCUUAUAUCGAGCCUUCCACUUUCAAGGUUCGGGGAGAGAACUAUUUUAGGUACCAGGAUGUCUAUCUGUAUGAUUAUUUUUCCUCUAGUAAGUUUUAUUUAGGACACUAAUAGCAAUAACUUUUUAAUCAAGUUAUCGCUUAAGUGUACAUACAUCAUAAUCAAGUUACAGUAUCAUCUGACGUCUAUAAGCAUCUUGAUUUUCUUACAGGGAUAAAAAGAAAGUGUAUGCUCCAAAGCUUGCAGCAUACUAUCCUUUUGGUAUGGAUGUCUUUCUAUGCCAGUAUAAAAUCGAUCAUUUUGCUCGCUUUGUGCAACUCCCGAGUGUGACUUCGUCAGGAAAAUUUCCAUCUACCCUUAUAGUAAAUGUGCAGGUAAUUUAUACGUCUUCUUUGGGUAAUUGUUACUUGAAUGGUUUUUCUUGACCAUGUAACUACAUUCACGCAAAAAUAUGGUAUCUGUAAACAAUGUUAAUGUCUCCACAUUGACUGAGGUAGUGACGAAUGACAGCCUGCAGCUUAAGUGACUUAUUUCGAUGAACAAGUGACCACCUCUCAAUGAGCCCCAUUGUAGGUUCUGCGCUUCUAAGGUGCUCAAUGAGAAAGCAUAAAGUACUAUUUAAUGCAACCAUCUUAUAGAAAACUAACUUGAGAUGAAAAGUACUAUUCCUCCAACUUGAGCUUAAAAAUAAUUAGAAAACUUAAUGCAUAAAGUACUAUUUUUCUACUGAAAAUUUCUUUUAACAACUUAAAGAAAACUUCAGAGUAGACAUGUUUUCUUCGAUUUUUGCGGUUCUGGGCUUCAAAGAGAGAAAUUUUCGAACCCACCAUAGUUGUCAUAUUUCCUGAUAGAAAAGGGUUCAGUUUUGCUACUGCUUGCUUCGUGAUUGAGAUCGUUAAAAUGGACGCUUCCACAGGAGAGCACAGACAGAAAAUUGUAAAUGUAUCCUGAUUUUUCAACGAGUUGACCAAAGUGGAUCUCUUCCUAUGGAAGAAAUCAAAACCAUUUCACUGUGGAAACAAUGGGUUUCUGGCUCUUGGCAAAUAAUAUUUUUCAACAUUGGGCUUCAGUUCUUUACCUUAUGUGCAUCUUUCUAGUUAUUUUUAACAUUCCUCCAACCAAGCGUUCUGAAGCCAGGACCUUAAAAGAUGAAUAGUAUUUUGGAGUAGCAGUAUGAUUCACUUGGCAUGGUGUAACUAGAAGUAUUAAGUACCUUUCUGUUACCUAUUGCAUCUCCAAGGCCCACGUAUUUCUUUAUUAAGAAAACAUGGUGUGCUUACAGUUUUUUUCCUCAUGCCGCAUUUUCCGUGCUCUUAACUGAAAAUUAUCCUUUUCAGAUUCCACUCUAUCCCACAUCCUUCUUUCAAAGCAAUACUGACGGAGAAGGAAUGAGUUUCGUUCUAUAUUUUAGGAUCUCGGAGAGCUUCUCGAAAGACUCUCCAUCACAUUUCCAGGAUAAUCUGAGGGUGAGAAUGAUUCGGGAUUCACUUCGUAGUCACUAGUUUCUGCUUCAUUAGUUUACCUGCUUCAUUACUCAUGUUGUGCAAUGUUCUACCAUAUGCUGAUUCAUAUUUCAUCAAUUUCUCGAUUUUAUGAAGCCCAGAGAUCUGCUGAAUUUUUAUUAGGCUUCUAGUUUUCUGAGGCUUGUUACUGCUUCAAAUAUGCCAUUAAUAGCACUUGAUCAGAUGCGAGUGGCGACCAAUAAAACGUAUGAGGAUUUAUUUAUUCCUUUCCGGUUAUGGAACAUUAGAAACAGAUUUUCCAGGAAAUGGAGGAUUAUGCAUAUUUAUUUCCAUUGGAUUUUCUUCUUUUUUUUUUCUUGCAGUCUUUUUGUGUAUUGUAUAGUUGAGACUUACUAAGAACUCAAUCUAUAUUUCUUAUAAUCCCUAAUCCGAAUUUUGGGUCACUGAAAUACGAGAGAAUUUUGGGUAACCGCCGUGGAGUUGACUUUUGUCAGGGAUCCUUUUCCAUAGAAGAGAUUAUGGAACUGCAUCUGCUACACAGGAACCUUUUCCACAGCAGUCUGUUAGGCCCCGUUUGUCGGGUCUGAUACCAGGCCCAUUGUCCGGGCAACUUAUGCCGGGAAAGGGGAAGGCUAAGACAUAGUGGGCCAUGGGCCCAGUACGAGGGAAGAUAAUGGGAGACUUUUGGAAGAAGUCAACAGGAGAGUGGGGCACUCUCGAAUUCGUCCCCAACUGUUCUAGGGUUUCCUCCGGAAAUCCCUUUCUAUUCUGUUCUCGUAGUACUUUUCUUUCGUUUUUUAUUUUUUUUUAAUUUUUUUUUACAGUACUGGUCUGAUGAAAUGAAUGCAUAAUAAUAUUGAGGCAAUAUUUUUUUCAAAAUCCAAGUUAUACGAGAGAAGAGAUUUUCUUUAUAUUUAAUCAAAUCUUGUAAUCCUUAAUCUGCCUUUUUCAACGCCUUCUCUAUGAACAGAAGUUGAUUUCUAAUGAAGUAGAAAAGGUCAAAGCCUUCCCCGUGGACACAAUUCUGCCCACUCGUGAGAGGCUAAAGCUACUGGGUCGCGUGGCGAACAUAGAAGACCUUCAUCUUACUGCAGCCGAGAGGAAACUGAUCCAUGCUUACAACGAAAAGCCUGUUCUUUCUCGCCCCCAACACGAAUUUUACCUGGCAAGUUCCGUUGACUUUCGGCCCACAGGCCAUGCUCUGCGUCAGAUCUAGAACACGGAUGAGAUUCUCAGGAGCCCACUGAUUUUUCUUCAUUUGUUUGUAUCUUACAGGGAGAAGAUUACCUUGAAAUCGACAUAGAUAUGCAUAGAUUCAGCUACAUCUCUAGGAAAGGCUUCGAAGCAUUUCUAGAUAGGUUGAAUGUCUGCAUCCUCGACAUCGGGAUGACCAUCCAGGUAUGCCCCCACCCUUUCUGUCCUUUUUCUCUUUCCUUUGACUCCUUGGAUCCUAACCAGCUCGCUGAACAGGGAAACAAGCCGGAAGAGCUGCCAGAGCAGGUUCUAUGCUGCAUGAGAUUAAACGGGAUCGAUUACUCCCGCUACCGUAGACUUUCAUCACCUUGA